AUCGCUAUUUUUCAGUAAAAUAUGAAAAAUUAACAGAUGAAAAGUGAUCUAUUGUUAGUUUUCUCGUUAUUAACAGUUUCGGUAAACGAAGUAUCACGCUCUUUCGUAAAUACUAUUAAAUAUUACACAAUAUUAAUUUCAAGAUUUCCAGUAACGCAAUAUUCUUACGUGUCACAAUAAUAUACUAUACGUUUAUUUUAUAAAUCACGAAGUAUGUGAUAAUUGGCAGAGGAACAAGAUAAUUGUAACCAGACAAAUCGCGUUAUUAGUAUAUUGUUUGACGUCAUAAAGGCAAAACAAAAUGAUUUUGUUCACGUGAUUAAACUCAUCCAGCAUCAGAGUCAUCUGUGUUUGGUUCGAAUUGUGCGUAGGGUGUGGUCGCCGGUAUAAAUUAAAUAAAAAGAAUAUUUUCUAUUCUGUGAAGAGCAUUGUUAUGGGAAUGGAAGAUAUUUAUUCUUUCUGUCUGCAAGUUAACUGAUAAAUAGCAAACUGAAACAAUGGAUGCAGCAGUUAUUUCAUCGAAUUCACUGGGGUGUAAGCUUUUGUUAGAACAAAGGAAGGAAAAUUGCAGAGAGAAUAUAUUCUUUUCUCCGUUAAGCAUUACCGUAGCUCUGUCUAUGCUUUAUGCAGGAACAAAGGGUAAUACGAAGAAACAGAUGGAAGAAGUCCUCGGUCUGAAGGAAGACGACCGACAGAUACACGAACAGUUUCGAGCUAUAUUUAAAUCUAUACGUUCAGAAAAGAACGACUUGGUUUUUAACAUCGUUAACCUGUUGGCUGCCGAUUUGUCUUAUAACAUAUUACCGGAUUUUGCGGAGGGACUGAGAUCGAAUUAUUCCGUCGACGUCAAAAAGUAUAAUUUUGGUGACGAUUCCGAAGCCACUCGGUCGAAAAUAAAGUGUCUGACCGAGGCCACUCGGUCGAAAAUAAAGAAUCUGUUUCCUCCCGAUUCCGUCCAAGCCGACACGAGACUAGUUUUCGCCAAUGCCAUUUAUUUUAAGGGAAUGUGGGGAUCGCCUUUUAAUAGGAAUAAAACGUCAAAGAAACCUUUCUAUGCAAUUAAUAAGAAACGAAAAAUGGUCGAAAUGAUGUUUAAGAAGGACCAUUAUAAUCAUACGUUUUCGGUAGAAUUAAAUGCUUCAUUUCUGGAAAUUCCAUAUUCUGGAGAAGAAUACAGUAUUGUAAUUAUUUUACCAAAGGAAAAAAAAAAAGGACUUCCCUAUGUCGAAAAUGAUAUUUCACUGGAAAGUGUAAAUAAAGGAAUUCGGAUGAUGAGUAAAAAGAAAGUUUUAUUGUACCUUCCAAGAUUCAAAUUAGAAGAAAAUCUUCCUCUGAAGGAUCUUCUGAUACAAUUAGGAAUGGUCGAUGCUUUCAACAGUAGUGCAGAUUUAUCGGGCAUUGGUGGCGAGAAAGAUCUCUACGUGUCUGCCGCUUUACACAAGGCAUUCGUCGAAGUUAACGAAGAAGGUACUGAAGCCGCAGCGGCAACGGGGUUACCUGUGACCUUAUAUAGCACCGCUAAAAUAUCACCUGUAAAUUUUGUCGUAGAUCGCCCAUUUAUGUUCGUAAUAACAGAGACGUCAUCUGGUUUGAUCUUAUUUAUUGGGAGCGUUUAUAAUAUUUCUUAAUUGUGUAAUAUUUCUGAAAUCACGAUCUGAUAUUAUUGUAUUUUUAAUAUAAUAAUAUCGUGAUUUCAGAAAUAUUGAAUGAUAAACUUAUAAGUUAAAACUUUCUUAAAGAACAUGAACUGAGUUUGAAAAAAAGUAUUUUUUGUAGAGUAGAAACAAUACCAGACCAAAUGUAUUCGGAAUUCCAGAAAACCGGCUAGCUUUAAUUUGGCGUACUGUGGUUUCCAAGUGGUCAUUGUUUUGGUUUCUGCCCCAUAAAUGUCGCAAGACACCAAUUCCAGCGUGACUGUUAGCAUACGGUGUUAUAAACACAGUUUCGUUCGUUACUUUCCAGUGUUUAUCUUUCUCGUGUAUAUAUUUGCCUGUGCCCGGAAAACUGGAAAAUUCAGAAAUCCGGGCCACUUCCGUCACAAUCUUGCCAGAUAUUAGGUCUAGUACCAUGUAAUAGAAUAUCAUUCUUGCACAAUAAGUAAGUUUACAUUAUUACUUAAAAUUAAUAUAGAAGCAUAAGAAUUUUAUCAUCGGAAGAUCGAAGUCUAUCGUCAAAAGGCGCUUCCAAUUACAGUAGUUGCUUGUUAAUAAAAUAUUAAAGAUAUGUACCAUAACAAAGAUGUAAUAAAAUAUUCU